UGUUGUGUGUAACGUGCAGUAGUGUUAGUAGGAGUCAUUGUUUGAUAAGCUGUUAGCUGAUAAUAGUAUAAGGCAACGUCUAAGAAAAUGUUUUGCUAAUAUGUGUUGACGUGAUUGCCGUAGCGAAGUACUAUUAUUAGCAUGUACUGUACUUUUAAUGUUAUAGUGAUUAGGGGGCUUAUUCUGAUGUUCAAUUCGAUAGGCAGUUUUACUUUUAGAUUAGAACGCAUUCUGAACGGAGUCGCCAAGGUCCUGCAGGUUGAAGCCAGCGUAGGCUUGAGUUGUUCGUACGACUGUCAACACAACAGUGUUAUUCAUUGUGAACGUUUGAAUGUGAAGAUGUGCAUGAUAUUGACAAGUUAAUUUUGAUUGCUUAUUCUUCAGAAAGUUUUUCAAAGUUUCAAUGUAUCACUGAACCCGCUACAUCGUUAUUUUAAUCUGAUUAAGUAGUUGACCAAAUUAUCUUAAGUCAAGAUGAAGAUUUAUCACUUCUAUUUUUCUAGUUAAGACUACACAUUGAGUUUAUGCAGCAAAAUAAUUUAAACAGUAUGAUUUCUAACAAAGAGGGUUUGUUUAUUAAGCCAUUUUUGAGCUUAGUCGUAGUGUGGAUUUUAGCAAGUGAUCUUCCUUUAACUUGUUUAAGCAUAAGUGACUUGAACUUAAAUGGAGGAGAAAACUUAACACAGCCUUUGAAAAUAUUUGGCAAAUAUAGAACUCGAUUACAUGGAAGCCCAUAUAUUGUAGGAAGAGACAGACCUAGUCCUUUAGACAAACAAGAUACAUUAGAUGUCAAUAAUGAACCUUUAAAACAAUCAGAAGUUGGUGCAUUUGGAGGCAUUUACUUAAAGAGUGAAGCAAAAGUAAUAGGGUCACAUUUGCGGAAAGUAAGCAAUGAAGAACUAGGAGUUACAACAAUGCAGGCUGUUUUUGACUCUCUUCCUUUUAUGGAUACAGAAACCAAUCUUACCAAGAAUGUUAACCAGAUUGCUAAAAGAUUGCAAGAUAAAGUUGAAAAAUACCUUAAUGUCUUGGAGAAAAGUAAAGAAGAAGUUAAAAGAAUGUACAGCUACCACUUAGAUUCUCCGGUGUCAGAUAUUAACUUGUGUUGUAAUCUUGGAACUUCAGAUUUCAGUUUCAAUGACCAUUUUGGAACAGCAGUUUCAUUAGAAUCUUCAUGUGAACUUGCCUCACCCAACGUGCCCGACGAGUUAUUUAGCCCAGGAAUCAAUCUAACUGAGGUCUUUCGAGAAAAUCUGAUUAGGCAUCCACAUAUGAAAUGGCAGUAUUUUAUAUCGGCAGCUGGGAUUCACAGCGAGUACCCCGCACAUAUACAGGAUCACACAAGUUUCAGUGGUCUAGGAAAAGACAGCAGGCACAGGGAUGUGUAUUUAGCAACAAUACAGCCUCGUAGCAAACACGUGAUGAUUAUCAUAGAUCAUGGAAAUUCCCUCAGUUCUAACCAGUUAGCAACGGCCAAAGCUGUUGGAAAACACAUACUUUUCACUCUAUCUCACAAAGACAAGGUUGGUUUAAUUGGACUUUCUGGAGAACCACAACACCCUCAAAGUGAUAGUUGUUUAUCCCACCAGAUGGCAUAUGCUACGUACGAGACAAAGUUUCAUUUUAGUAGGUUUAUUGAUGGAUUACAAAAAACAAAAGACUCCACCAACCAUCUUGUGGGAUUUGUCAAAGCCUUCCAACUACUUAGGAACUCACUUCCUCCUAUUGGAACAGAGAAGAAUGAUUCAGAAGCACUGAUCAUUUAUAUUAGUAGAGGACUGUUGACGUCAUUGGCUGAAGCCCGUCCAGUUCUGGAAACAAUUGCCAAUGAGAAUCAUAAAAUUGGUAAUAGAGUUGUUAUCAACACUUAUGCUGUUAUUGAUGAUGGAAAGCCUAUUAUGUAUGAAAAAACUUUUCUCCAAGAUAUUGCUAAACAGAAUUUCAGUAAAUACAAUGUCCUUCCUCCAGAUCCUUCUGACAUUAAGCAAGGAAUGAUGGUUGCUGUCAACUCCACAGACAAUCUCUGUUUUCUGGUUGGAGAUUUUUAUUCUGUUGUUUCGUCACCAGUCCAUUCUGACAAACAUUUUUCCCUACCUUGGUGGGAUCCUGUCAGCAAAGGAGUAGUUAUUAGCAUCAGCCAGCCAGUGUAUUAUGAAAAUAGGUUGUUGGGAGUUAUAGGAAUUGACAUCACUUUAGAUGACUUAGCUGAAGACGUGACCUACUUUAGGCACUCUGAGAAGAGUUAUGCAUUUUUUGUAGAUGAAUCAGGUAUGACCUUGAUGCAUCCGUCUUUCCCUAGGCCAAUGUUUAUGGAGGAACAGCCUUUGCAUACUGAUAUACAACAUUUGGAAAAUCAACCAGGUUUUCAACGAAUUAGGAGAGACAUUUUGAGAAAUGAUAGUGGGGAAAAUAUUCUAACAACAAAAGUGCCAUGUAAGCCACCCAAAACAGCAAACUUUGCUUUGAAUAAUGCAGAUGUAAGGUGUUUUGACACCGAUGGAAAAAUAUACCAAAUACUAUACAACUGGAAGAAGGUUCCUGGAGCACCAUACAUUGUGUGUUUAGUGUUGGUUGAGACCAUGAAAAUGUUCCAGAGAUUGAAGAAAAGCCUAGCUCCAACUGAACCUGCUUUUAUUUACCACAGGCUUGACCUUAUAGCAGCCCCGCACAUGUGUCGACACAUGAAACAGCUCUCAACACUUGAAUCAAGUACACUCUUUCUGUCUGCAUCUAGUUUUCUGUCUCCUUUUGAAUAUCUGUCUAGUAACGAAACAAAGAACAAAGUGCAGGGUUAUGUGGCUUACCUUAAUGAUAAAACAAAGUUAAUUGCCAAUCCAGGUCUAAAGAAUGAAGUGCGUAAUGAUGUUCUUUCAACAAUUCGCAUCACUCCAGAAUGGAAGAAAAGGGUCUUGAAUAGCGAUUUUUCAAAGUACAUUGUGAGAAGGUUCAUUGCCACCACCAAUGGAGUUUUCCAGGUCUAUCCAGGAACGGUAGUGGACAAGAAAUAUGACCCAACGAAACGAGAGUGGUUUCGACGAGCAAUGGAACAUCCUGGGAGGGUAGUUUUAACAGCACCUUACCUCGAUGUCGGUGGAGCUGGUUACAUUGUUACGCUAAGCCACACUGUUUAUGAGGGAAGACAUGCAGCAAUGCAUAGUUCAUCUGACGCUAUCAAAGCUGUUUUAGGCAUGGACUUCACAUUAGGAUAUUUCUACAAAUUGUUAGUGGAUGCAAUCCCACUGUGUGAAAAGGAUAGAGUAGUAUGUUUCAUCAUGGAUGAUAAAGGCUACUUGAUAGCUCACCCUGGACUUAUUGAGCCAAAUGGUCAUGGACCUAUUGAACAACAGCAUGUAACACACAAGGAACCUUUGGUAGCUAACGACAUCGUAAAUCAUGAAGGAUUUGUCAACAAAAAGUUGUGUAAUAGUUUCAGUGAUCGUACCAUACAGAGAUUUUAUCAGUUUGAUGUUACAUUAGACAGGGUGUUGACCAACCUGGUUCGGGGAGAACAUUGUGCUAAAUAUCAGAUCACACUCAUUCCUGGUACCAACUUAUAUCUUGGAAUUGUGAAUCAGACUUGUGAGGCUGUUACAGCUUUUUGUCCAUGUAGUAUGACUGACAGACUGUGUCUUAACUGUCAUCGAAUGGAGCAGAAAGAAUGUGAAUGUCCUUGUGAAUGUCCGCUUGAAAUGAACUUGUGUACAGGUCAGCUUGUGGAUGAGGAAGAUAGAAAUCCUAGCUGUCCAUGGGAGCCAGAAGAUCCCCAGCUGCCUUUUGUGGAUCCUAAACAUUUUAAUUCACUGGGAUCAUGUUUUGAAAAUCAUUGCCUUUCUCGAAUGACAGAGAGUGAAUGUUUUGGUGUACUUGGGUGUGAAUGGUGUCAGUUGGAAACCGAUGGUGUGACACAGCUCAAGAAAAGCUACUGUGUGGAUCAGCGUAAAUGUUUUGGUGGAGUUUUGGGUGCAAGGACACCCUAUGCAGAUGAAAUUAUUGAAGGUCUCCCACUUGAAGAGAUGUUGACUAUUAAGAGCACUCCAGUUGGUCCAGUAGCUGGUGGAAUCAUGGCCUGUUUCCUGGUUCUGGCUUUGACUUUCUACUGUUACCGACACCACGUCCAGCGUGGUACGUCAUCUCACUACAUGCCCUCAGCACCUAACACUACCUUUCCAAUGGCUCAGCUGGAUAAUGAACCAGAAGAACCAGAAAUUCAUGAAGAACUUCAUCCUGUAGCUCAUUCCAAUUUAGUACUGCAAAAUUUUGAGAAUGCUGUUCCUGUUUCUCCUUAUCGUGCAAGUAGUACCUAUAGAAGGCCAGCAGGUGGCGAGAGUGACCAUGGAUACAGUACGAUGACUCCCCAUGAGGACUCGGAACAUAUGCCACCUUACUUUGAGCCAUUAUUGAUAGGAAAAGAUUGGCACCGUGUCCCAGUGUCUCAACAGUCGAAUGAGUAGUUGUAGUCGAGCUUCGUCGCCCGUGCCACAUCCUCACCCUCACAGUGUGACACCACCUAUAUCUUAUUAUGGGUCCUCUGGGUUACAAGCCAACAGGCAUUGGCCCGGUGGGAUUUCAGCAUUCAGAGACCCAUCACAAACUGUUAUACCAGAAGUUCCACACCAUAGUGAGCAUGUAACUCAUGCACAGGUGCAUAUUGUGGACACCCACUAAGUCUUUGUUGUUUUUUGUAAAUAGUGUAUAGAGUUAUGUAGUUCCACACCAUGUGGUUAGUUUUGUGAACCUGAAAAUCACAUUGCUAAAGAUUAUGAUAAUUUGUUUGGCUCAAUUUCUGUGUGGAAGUGUCAUCAGCUCAUGAUAAUUGUACCAAAUUAGUCCAUAGGUGCCAAGUUGUGAUCAUGUAUGUAAUGUUUACUUGCUAUUCUAGAGAAUAGCAAUGGUGAUUCCGUAUUUUAUUUCCUUGAAAAACGGGUUGACUUGUGUCAUUUCUGUGAGCUGAAGAUAAAAAAACUACUUCAUAUAACACAUUGUAAAUUAUCUUUGCACAAAACUAAAUGUUUAAUAAUUCUGUGAAAAGAUCAUUAUAAAACAAGUAAAUUACGUAUGUACAAAACUAAAUAUUCUGUAAAAAUCAUUUCAUCUGUUAUAUUUUGCCAUCCAGUGUUUUCGUGCCCAAGUACAUUGUGUGCAUGGGUAGUCUUAUUUUAGUUUCAACUAUGCAAUUGUUUUUAAUUAGUAGAGCACAUGUGGUCUUCCUGUCUGAUGUGUAGUGCCUUCUGUUUAUAAUAGCUGGUUGAAAGCAGAAUGUUUUAACAAAAAUAUUUAAUUACUCCUAUAUUUUAUUUUUAAUAUAUUUAACCAAGACACAAGUGGUAUUAACCUUGGAAACACGGGGGUUUUUCCCUCCAAAUUUGAUAGGUAACAUGUUUGUAAUUGUGUUUUGUUUUUCUAAAAAUAGCUGUGUUGACGUACCAAUUACAAUGGAAUAUAUUGUUUUGACGUGCAGUGCAUUCCUUCCUUAUAAAAGUUUCUGUGAGAAAAAAGUGUAUAUAUAACUAUUAAACACUAGCAAGCUCUCAUCAAGUACUUUGUUUUUCUCUACUUUUUAUCGUGAAAAGCAAUGAAUUUACAUACUGCUUUGAUCGUGUAGAAUUACUGUUAUUUAUGAUUGAGACAUCUCUGAAUCCUGGUCGCUUGGUACAGCUUUUCAAGCACUUCUGUAACCUCAAAUACAAAAAUACUGACUGGUUCAUGGUUUUUACCACUAGCAUACAAUAAAUAGAAAAAAGUUACCCCUGAAAUAAUACAAAAAUAACUUCUGAAGUAAUUCUUUAUCCAGACAAGACACUGUGUGUAAUGAGUAUGUAACUUAUAACUGUAGUAUUUAUGUUAUUAGAAAUCUUGAAUUAAAAUGACUACACAGGUGUACAUUAAUAGCCUUGUGAAUGUAUUGAGCUUUUAAUGUGUAGGUAUAUGUAGCAUACAAAUUUUUUGAGAUACAAUAUUGGUGAAUUUGAACUCAUAAUAUGAAUGAAUUGCUUAAUUAGUUUAGAAAUUUUGUAAAGGAUAGUUGGUAAUUCUUGACUUUCAAACUGUUUAAACAUUUAAAAGUAGUUUGUCCUAUAAAUUCAUAUAGAUACAGUAAUCUAUUUGAUGUCAAUACUCUUCAUGGAGGUUACUUGAAAUUCUAUGUCAGUCAAUAAUCCCAAUAUAAAUACAGUUUUAUAGAUGUCAAGUGGAUAGAAAGUGAUUUUGGACUGUAAAGUUAUUAUACAAUUGCAAAGGAAAAUCAAAUCUUGUGCUUAUAUGUUCUGGCAUUUUUAUUUUCUGGUUUUUUUGUAAAAUAGGUUAUUUUACAGUAUUUAAAUCUAAUAUCUUCCAUAUUUUUAUAACCCAAAGAAUACUUAACUUCAGUGCAGUUAAGAAUCACUAAAACAAUUUGGAUAAAAUGUAUUAAGUUUUCCCAUGCUGAACAUGUUUUACUAAUAUGGGGGGGGGGGAGAGUUUAAUUUAGCUGAGCAUAUGAAAAGUGUUGCUCAUGUAUUAAGAGCCUGUACAUCUGUUUAAUAUGAGUAAGAAAUACUUGGAUUGAACCCAACUGUCAAGCAUUAUAUUAAUAGAAUAUAGUUGUAUAUUUGGGCUUAUACUUUUUGAGUUGAAAAUGAACACAUUUCUCGAUGAAAAUUAAUUUUUCAAGUUGCUUAUUUUUCACUAUCUAGAUGUAUGUUGUUUCUUUUGUACACUGAAAGUAUAGAAAAGAUGCAUGUGACAAUGACCAGUUGAAGUCAGAGUGUACAGAUUAAAUUUCAUUUUUAUAUUUUAAAACUGGAGUUGUUUAAAUCGCUUCUCUCCAUUUUUAUGACUGAGCAGUGGUUGAAUGUUUCCACAAAAAGUUGGACUUAAAAAAUAGAGUUUUGUUAUUGUAUUAAAACUAAAAACAAAAUGUUUGCCAGAGCUUAUAAUGCAGAAAUGUGGGGUUUGAUCCCUGUAAUCGGCACAGCACAGAUAGUCCAUUGUGCAGAGUUGCAAUAAUAAAUUAAGAUAAAUUGACAAGUUAGGUUUAAAUUGUUGAACUGAAGCCUUCUAUUAACACCCUUACACUGUUAGUCUUGUUCAACUAUGGUUCUCAUUAUUAACAAAAGGGGCUUAAAUGUCAUACCU